AUGAAACUGUUCGGCUAUCUUUUAAAGAGUGAGAUCUAUCAAAUUAUUUAUGUCCAGGAUGUUUUCUCGCGCUAUGAAGAGUUUUUAGCAGCCGUUACUAAGGUGUUUGACCCGAAAAUACUGUUCCUUACCGUUAUUCCGCUUGUGGCUGGUCUUAAUACUACCCUUUACUCAAAGCUGCUACUUAGCGUCCUGUUAACCGAGUACGCCAACACUAUUGUUAAAUGGAUAUUAGCAGAAGAUCGUCCUUUCUGGUGGUUGAACGAGACUAACGAAUUUUCUUCCUUGAACCGUCCUAAAAUAUAUCAAAAUGAGCUGACAUGUGAACCAAGCCCGGGAAAUCCGUCCGGCCAUCUAAUGACCUCCACGACCUAUCUUUUUGUGAUAUUCUCGGUGCUAGAGGAAUACUUGAGAAAAUAUGGAAAAUUUCCAAUUGUUGCACUACGCUCCGUUUACUACGGUACACUUUUCUUCAUAUCUAUCUCGCGGAUGUAUUUCGGCUGCCACUUUCUGCAUCAGUGCAUUAUUGGCAUUAUUCUGGGAAUCGGUAUGAGCAAAGUGUGUCUGUCCCAUCGUUUUGAAAAAUAUAUUGCUAAACAAACGGGCAAGCGAAGAGUAGGAUGCGUCGUGCUUAUAUGCACGAUUUUGAUGGUUCUAUAUGGGACUCAAAAACUGCUUGGCAUCGAUCCACAGUGGGCAGUAAAAAUGGCUUUCAAAUGGUGUGAAGAUCCUUUCUAUUUGAAACCGACCACAACGCUUGUAUUUAGCGUUAUUCGCCUUACAGGGUCUUUAUUAGCGUUUGCCUUGGUAGGACCUGUACAGAAAGCAAAGCCGCUUAAUUAUAAGCUAAGUAUACCGAUGGUGAUUAUCAUGAUGGUGUUCGAAUGGUUUGCACUGCACUUUACGCCGCGCAACUACGGGGUUGUGAUUUACUUCUUAUACAGCUUUUUGCUUUAUUUUAUAUUCACUUACGCAUAUCUGCGCUGGGUACCUGCUCUAGCUGGACAGGACAUCCGUUUAUCUCGACAUGAUAGAAGCAAAUCUAAAUCUAACUAG